AUGGCGCCCUUCGCCUCCCGCUCCUUCGCCGCCACCCUCCCCAACUCCCUUGCCGCGCGCUACCGCAAAGCCCUCACCAAGCAUCCAUUCCUACUCUUCGGUCUGCCCUUCCUCACCACCAUCGUUGCGGGCAGCUUCAUGCUUACGCCCGCAACCGCCCUACGGUACGAGCGAUACGACAAGAAGAACCAACAGAUCACGCAUGAGCAGAAGAUGGGGUUGACGCAGGAUAGGCGGAAGGUGAAUAUGAAGGAUGAAUAUUAUCGAUUGCAAGCGAAAGAUCUCGAGAAUUGGGAGCAAAGGCGUGUUAAACGAUUACCGGGCGAGGUCGAUGGCAUUUUGGAGUGA